CUCAAACUUCAAACUUGUACCUUCCUUUAAGCACUCACUUCUCUGUUUUCUCUCUCUAGCAACGAUCGCACUAGCUCAGAUCACUUUUUUUUUUUUCCUAAUAGUGCUCUGAUUACAACUGCGACAGUUGCAUUGACUUAAGAGAGAGUUGAGAGUGAGAAGUGGGAAAAUGAAACUGGCACCGAGAGAGGUUGAGAAACUGAGCCUACACAAUGCUGGGUUCUUGGCACAGAAGCGUCUUGCUCGUGGUUUACGCCUCAAUUACUCUGAAGCUGUGGCACUCAUAGCCACUCAGAUUUUGGAGUUUGUACGCGAUGGUGAGAAAACGGUUGCAGAAUUGAUGGAUAUUGGGAAACAACUUCUAGGAAGGAGACAAGUUCUUCCAGCUGUUCCACAUCUUUUGCAUAUGGUACAGGUUGAAGGGACCUUUCCUGAUGGGACUAAAUUAAUCACUGUUCAUGAUGCAAUUGCUAGUGAAAAUGGAAAUCUGGAGUUAGCUUUACAUGGUUCAUUUCUUCCAGUUCCUUCAUUAGACAAAUUUCCUGAUGUAGAAGACAAGAAAUUUCCUGGUGAAAUAAUAUAUGGAGAUGGAAAUAUUACACUUAAUCAUGGAAGGAAAGCAGUAAUCCUCAAAGUUGUCAACACUGGAGACAGGCCAGUUCAGGUUGGCAGCCACUAUCACUUUAUUGAGGUGAAUCCCUACUUGGUUUUUGAUCGAUGGAGAGCAUAUGGCAUGCGCCUGAAUAUACCUGCAGGGACAGCUACACGGUUUGAGCCUGGGGAAGCUAAAUGUGUAAUUCUUGUAAGCAUUGGAGGUAAUAAAGUGAUCAGAGGGGGAAAUGGCAUUGUUGAUGGUCUGGUUGAUCAUGCUAAUUUCAAAGUCAUCAAGGAAGCUGUAAACUUGAGAGGUUUUGGAAAUCUUGAAGCAACAAAUGCUAGUGAAGGUGUUACUGGAGAAGAUUCUGCUUUCACAACUGUUAUCUCUCAUGAGGCGUAUGCCAAUAUGUAUGGCCCUACCACUGGUGACAAAAUUCGGCUUGGUGAUACCAAUUUGUAUGCUGAAAUUGAAAAAGAUUUUGCUAUUUAUGGUGAUGAAUGCGUCUUUGGAGGUGGGAAAGUUAUAAGAGAUGGAAUGGGCCAGUCAUGUGGGCAUCUACCAGCUGACUCUUUGGAUACUGUUAUAACAAAUGCUGUGAUCAUUGAUUAUAGUGGAAUCUUCAAGGCAGAUAUUGGUAUCAAAGAUGGUCAUAUUGUUUCCCUUGGGAAAGCAGGCAAUCCAGAUACCAUGGAUGGUGUAUGUAUGAAUAUGAUAAUUGGGGUUAACACAGAGGUUAUUGCGGGAGAAGGAAUGGUUGUUACUGCAGGAGGCAUAGACUGUCAUGUCCACUUCAUAUGCCCGCAAUUGAUAUAUGAAUCAAUAUCAAGUGGAAUCACAACACUAGUGGGAGGUGGAACAGGACCUGCUGAUGGAACACGUGCUACAACUUGUACUCCAGCACGAUCACAAAUGAUGUUAAUGUUGCAAUCAACUGAUGACAUGCCCCUAAAUUUUGGUUUUAUGGGAAAAGGGAACAGUGCCAAACCUGAGGAGCUACAUGAAAUAAUUAGAGCCGGGGCAAUGGGACUGAAGCUGCAUGAGGACUGGGGAACUACUCCUGCUGCAAUAGACAAUUGUUUGACUGUUGGAGAACAUUAUGACAUCCAGGUUAAUAUCCACACUGACACCUUGAAUGAAUCGGGAUUUGUAGAACACACUAUUGCUUCAUUUAAAGGAAGAACUAUUCAUGCCUAUCACAGUGAAGGUGCUGGUGGUGGUCAUGCUCCAGAUAUCAUCAAAGUGUGUGGUGUGAAACAUGUCCUGCCAUCAUCUACAAACCCCACGCGGCCUUAUACUUCCAACACUAUAGAUGAGCAUCUUGACAUGCUGAUGGUCUGCCAUCACCUUGAUAAGGACAUUCCAGAAGAUGUAGCAUUUGCUGAAUCAAGGAUUAGAGCUGAAACAAUUGCUGCAGAAGAUAUUUUGCAUGAUAUGGGGGCAAUUAGCAUCAUAUCUUCUGAUUCCCAAGCUAUGGGUCGCAUUGGAGAGGUGAUAAUCAGAACUUGGCAAACCGCCCACAAAAUGAAGUUACAAAGAGGGCAGAUUGAUGCUAGUGAACCAGACAAUGACAACCUUCGUAUCAAACGAUAUAUUGCAAAAUACACUAUAAAUCCAGCAAUAGCUAAUGGGCUUUCUCAAUAUGUUGGUUCCGUUGAGGUUGGGAAAUUAGCUGAUCUUGUUUUAUGGAAGCCGUCUUUCUUUGGGGCAAAACCAGAAAUGAUAAUAAAAGGUGGUGCAGUUGCAUGGGCUGAUAUGGGUGAUCCAAAUGCAAGCAUUCCCACACCUGAACCGGUAAUGAUGAGGCCUAUGUUUGGAGCAUUUGGCAAGGCUGGAAGUGCUCACUCCAUUGCUUUUGUCAGCAAGGCAGCUUUAGAUGAUGGAGUUAAGGCCAAGUAUGGACUCAGCAAAAGAGUAGAAGCUGUUGGCAAUGUCAGGAAACUAACCAAAUCUGACAUGAAGCUCAACGAUGCCCUUCCAAACAUUACAGUGGAUCCAGAGACAUACACAGUGACAGCAGACGGAGAAGUUCUUACCUGCACUGCAGCCACCACGGUUCCUCUUUCUCGAAACUACUUCCUCUUUUAAGGCAUUGAUAAUAUGUCUAAGCGUCUAUCAUUUUAUGUAUUUUAAAGUAAAUUUAGCAAACUGAAACAAAUAAUAAUCCUUCCAAAUAUGAAUGAAAUAGCACUCUCGUAAUUGUGGUCUUUGACUA